AGGACGUGGAUUCUGGCAAUUUCGUUUCGCUCGAGUAUUCACUCCUCUUCGGUAUGUCGUGAUGAAAAUGAGUAUGAUAUUCUUCCGUGUAGAUAUCCUCUAAUUAUCCAGGAAGCAGAACAUGCUCUGUCAUAUGAUGCCCAUUUCGAUACCCCACAUCAAGCGUCCCAAGUAACUACAUUAUUUCACCCAUGACAUUUCUUCUUGCCGUUGUCUUUAGUUGACUGACAAGUUACAUGGCCCAUUUUUGACCAUGUCACAGGUUGCCUCGUCAUGUGACAUGCGGUAGAAGUUUUCCCAAUUCAGGGCAACUAGGUCUCCGCAUCAUUUUUGCAGCACAUCUCAUGAUAAUUAGAACGAAUUAAGGAGCUGAACACUUACUUUUAGCUAUGGGCGGGAGGAGCAAGACCGGUGCUGACAACGUUGUCAGAGGACCAACCGGAGUCAAAAUGCCCGUCCGAGCCGCCGACGACAUCAGGGACAGAAACGCUUUACAUGGAGGUACAACGGCAACACAAAUCUCAAUGGCGAUGAGAAAAAACAUCACGACGCAACUUCCCAGCUACGAUCCGGUAAACGACAAGUACUUGCUGCUCGUUUUCUCCGAGACCGUCACGGAGGAGAUUUUUGUGAAAGAGGAAGCCGAACAACAAGCGCAACGAACAGUAGACACGGAGGAUGACGAAAGGGAAGAUGUAGGUGCAGGAACUCCUACAUCGAGCGACGAGGAUCAACUUCACAGUCGAAGUAGAUUCCGCCCCAAGGGUGAGACGAAAUCCUCCGCCGCCCACGUGUACAUCUGCGCCACCGACGCGCGCAUCCAGGAGGGGCUCUGGGUGACCCAGUCGGAUGUUCUCAAAAGGACACAAGCCGCAACAUCUUCUUCGCAGGUGCUCCAAGCGACGAACAGGCAGCAACCUCGCACUAGCAGAAGCAAGCGCACUUCCCAAAACACCGCUGCGAACCUGCAGAUCGGGGGCACAAGCGGUUCGUCUUCUGCCCCGAAAGUUCCCGUCCGGUACCACAAGGAGAUCCUGUUCGAGGUUGGAAUGGCCCGCGGGAAGCUGUUGCGGACGAAAGUGGAGCACAGGAUCUUGUUGCCAAUCUCCGCCGCGGUCGGACACGUGUAUCUUUUUGUGCAUGAUGUGAAAGCGUCCGAAGCUGGUGCAGGACCAGGAGCAGGUACAACUAGAUCUACAGUAGCUGACGGUGCAGGUCGUGGAGACGGACGAGAAGAGGACCGAAGAGCCGCGUUUUACCGAGAUCGCAACCGGAUUUCUCAGUGGUCCCCGAUUUCCUUUUUUAUCGUGCAGAACUUUGACGACUUUGGGGGUGAUUCCAACGCGGUUUUGGCACGACCAGGGUCACUUUAUUCGGAGUUGAUAGAACUACUGGCGUCGAAGAUGCAAACUUCUCCAGGAGCGAAUUUUCAUCACAUGCUGAACAAGACUACGCUUGGGGACAAUGAGCAGCAAAGGAAAGAACCGUUCCAAAUGGGCAGCUACAAGCAGCACCAGCACCCUUUGCUCUUCCCCCCGGCACAAGAACAAGAGAACACCGCCGAGAGCGUGAACAACACCAAAAAGCCCCUGUUCAACGUUCCCGCGAUUCGGCUGGUCUUUGAGAAAAAUUUAGAUUCCUUUUCCAAAAACCAGGACAAGCUGGAGCACGACCGCGCGCUGCCGAAAUCCUUCUUUUACUUAGGAAGCGUACAGAACAUCAGUUAUCGCCUUUUCUACCACAGUGUGGAACAAGGGUUGCACUCGAAAUGCUUGAUUCUGCGGGGGUCCGAGGCUUUACCGCAAUUUUUACAGCAGAAAUACCCGGUCGCGGUCUUGUGGAAGGAGAUCAAAGACUCGGAGCAGCAAGCCCUGCAGUCCGGAAUCUACCGAAUGAUCGAAGAUUUGUACGCGAGCUGGCGGAGGAUUGUGGAGGAGGGGGAGGAAAAUAACAGUCCGGAGGAUUUAGUGACGCACCAAUUCAGACAGCGCUUGUCGCAACAAAAGUUUUUGGCGUUGCAAGCUAGUAGUACACAAAAACAGAGACAAAGUCAGACUGGGAUGAAAACAAGACAAUCGCGCAAAACUAGAGCCUCCGCAGCAGAGCAGCAAGCACAAGCAGCUGUCUUACAGGGCACGAAGACGGGCACCAAGCUGGGAACGACCGUGAAUCGGACUGACUCAACUGACUCAACUUACAUGGGACCAAUAAUUCCUUUAGGAAAGGGUAGCAGCAGCGACGGAGAUGAACCAUCCGAAAGCCUGAGUGACGACGAAGAGCAUCAUGAUGAAGACAGUGAAGAUCUAAACGACGGUAUUAAAACUACCGCCCUAGAGACUGAUAACAAGCAGCUCGUGGAGCGCGUCAUUCGUCGGCAGAGUCGGCACGGGCUCUUGCGACAGCUUACCUCGCUGUCCCUCCAGCAUGGAUCGAAUCGGGAUUUGCUUUACUCGAGAAGCAUGGUGUUGAGGGACUCCGCUCGGUCUGGAUCCAUCAGAGAAAAGCAAGCAGAGAAGCAAAAAGCGGAAGCACUUUUUAGUCGGUCGCACCCGAGUGCUUCCGGGACAACGAGCGGAUCUUUGUCUUUUGCGGCGCAUCAUCAAGUUGUUCACGUGCCGGGGCAGCCUGCGCCGUUGCCGGUAUUCCAGACGCCAGUACUGUCCCCGAGACUGGAAAUUUUUCGGCACGACUAUACCGACAAAGACUUCCGGGUCUCGUCGGAGAUGCCGGAUUCCUUGGAUUCAGAUUUGUUAGAAGACAUGCAGAGUGUUCUGAAGAACAAAGGUGAAAUUGGUGAACAGGACAGCACCGAUAAGAAGCAACCACAAGCGGAAGGAGCGGCUUUUGAAUCCGCAGGAGAGGGUGAUAAUGUCAUAAUGGAAGGGGAAGAUGACGACGCAAGAACUACUGGGGAGCCUGUUGGCACCAGUACCGCGAGGACUGCUGGUGGCAUGCAACAAAAUCGCCGCCGCCGCCGUGUCUCUUGGUCCCAAAACCUAGAAGAGAACGAAAAAAUUCUCGCCGAGAUUGCCGCGGACGAGCAAAAAGCGCUCGCGUCAACAUCUCCUGUGCAACCGAGUGAGAUUGGGGAUGCGGCCGCCGGGGCGAGCGCGGCGCGAGAGGAUUUGCAUCGCAACGCGGAGACGGCGAGGAAGGUGUUGCUGGAACUGGUGCAAAGCAUCGGGGAUUUUUAUGAAGAAUUGGAUGAAGAUGAUGACGCUCCUGUUAGUUUCCAGCCCGGAGAUAGGACCUCCUCUAAAGAAAAGAAGAAGAAAAAACAGAAACCCCUUCACCCCGCCGAUCUUGACACAGACAAGCUGGACACGGAGCUGAAGUACGAGCUUCUAACUUUGUUUCGAAGAACGAAGCAGGUACAAAUCGAGCAGAACUCAACACAUUCCUCUUGGAUCAACGUUCCCGAUGGCGCCGCCGCGGAAGCGAUAGUUUUGGAGUGCCUGGAGGCGAAAUUAGACUACAGCAAUAAGGGGAAAACCGAAGGCGAGUUGAAAAUCUCGGUCAAAGAGCAACUGGCGGUGUGUAAGCUGUUGGUGUUGAGCCUGAGACAGAAAUUCGGGUUCACGCGACUGGAUUUGGGGAAAAUACUGGAAAAGUUCAAGCGAACGAAGAUGAAAAAUUUGAGAGAGGAACUGCUACCGGAAAAUAAGCCACGUAGUACUGUGCGACGACAGAAGCAACAGGAAGACCGACAGAGUGAAGGUGCUGUUGUGCAGCCUUCAGUUGGUGAAGAACAGGAGCACCUUCCUGAAGACGCGGCCGCUGAAGAACCACCUUCCGCCCCUGAACCCGAACAGUUAGACACUGAGCAGCAAAGACUCUUAGACCGAACGCACGAUGAUGACCACAUCACGCAUGCUUCUUCUGUAACCGCGAAAAGGACAAAGAAUAAGAAUAUUAACACAAGAACAGGCCCCUUCGAAGCAGAACCAGAACAAGAUGCAGAGCAGAAGAAGAGGGAGAAAUCGAAGCGGGCCAUGCAUCGGUUGAUCCACGAUUAUGAACUGCAAAAUUAUCGUACUCCCUCGUAUAAAUGCAUUACAAAUUUUCUUAGCAUGAAAAAAAAAAUGUGCAAUGCUGAUUUGCCUUGACAAAGAAAUUUGUAAUGCAAGACCUGCAUUUAUACGAGUGCGAUACUUUUGCACAGCAUAGCGAUAAGUUCGAGACAAAACCGGAGUUCAGCUCGAUAAAGCGGUACAGCGAAGAAGUGUUAGGGGUGUCUGAUAAAAAAUCUUCGGAAAAUAAUAACCCGGACCUAGCGGCGAAGGUCCUAGUGUCGCUUGCGAAACUGGACGACCCGAAGUUUGUUGAACGGUACAAUCAGUCGCUGGUGAAGCAGAGUUUAAGGGAGUUAGAACAUCAUGAGGUUCAUUGGGAGGAACACGAGGUGAAUAGGAUCCAGAAAAGGGAUAAUACUGCGAUUUUGAAGCAGGUACUCGCUAUGGAGAAGGAUUUAGAGCUACUUGCGGACAUGUCGAGCACGGUCAGCACCGACGCGAUGAUGAGCAUGCUCAAUAGUGCUCCGAGCGCGUACAAAAGCAUAAGGUGAUAGAUCCUCGUCUUUAUUUCUGCAAAGAACAAGAACGUACUUUCGCGUAUCAAGAUGAAACAACUCAAU